AAUAGGCUAGUUUACUCAUGUCGAAUUGUAUUAAAUAAAUGUUUAUUUCUUAAAGUGUUUAGUCUAAGGAACCUAUAUAUAUCGAUUUCACUUCAUAAAAGCAGAAGAUUGCUGUAGAAAUUUAAUUUUAAAAAAUAUUUUUUAGUCUAUAUUUUAUAAACACUAAAAACGCUGUUCGCCGCAUUCGCCAUGAUUUUGACGUCUCUUGUGGUAAACAACUAAAUGUCAUUCGCGUGUUACUGUAGGUGGAUUCUUUCGUCUGACUAAAUUUAUCUUAAAACACUUUUAACCUUAGGAAAGAAAAAAACAGUAAACUUAGUUUUUUUUGACUAAACAAAUUAUGGAUGCCGGCUUUGUGAAAGCAGAAAGCACAAAUCUGCCAAGAAUUGACGCAUUGAUGGUUGGUGAAUUUGUUGCACUAAACCCCGAUUUCUGCUCUGCGGAGCAGAAAAACGACAAGGCAUCUAUGUAAGUACCGUGCAUUUAGUAUUACAAUGUAGUAAUAAACAUAAAACUGAUACAACAUAUGAAUAAGUGUAAUAAAGUUGCGUAGGUUAAUUUCUUUCGGCACUUUAAUCCACAACUUUCCUGGAGUCUUCAAGGAUGUGUUUUUAUAUUCUCGUACAAUACAGUAAUGAUAAUUACUUUAUUUUUCGUGGUAUUUAUUAGAAAUCAUGUUUUUUUAUAUUAUAAACUCAGUUAUAAGUAAUUUUCUACGUGUUUACGAGUUUUUGUUUACCACAGUUCACGUCAUAGCAUAGACAAUCUAUAGACUAAAAUGGCCGACAGCGUUUUUGUAUGUCCAUGAAAAGUCUAUUUUAAAAUUAAAGAUUUGUAGCUUUCUAGGUUUAAAAAAAAUACAAUACAUUUUUUUUCGGUCUAAUAGAACAUUUAUUAACCAUUUAAAACCUUUUUCCAAAAAGGGUCAACUAGCCUAUUCGUGUCCUUACGGAUGGUAGCAGUUCGCGGUUCAUGUCAGUGAAUGCCGGCGUUCCCCAGGGCUCCGUCAUAUCCCCCACUCUCUUUCUGCUGCAUAUCAAUGACUUAAUUCCUCUUGGGAAUAUUCAUUGCUAUGCAGACGAUAGUACAGUGCAUGCGGGGUAUCUCGGACAAGCAGCGGCUGGGCAGGCGGUAACCAAGGAGAAACAGGAGAAUCUUGUCAUUGAGCUUAAUCAAGCUUUGGACCACAUUUCUGUAUGGGGUACCAAGAACUUGGUUGAGUUCAAUGCUAAGAAAACCCAGGUCUGUGCUUUCACGGCAAAAACGUCGCCAUUCCUUUUAUGUCCUUCUCUUCAGGGCACAACACUGGAGCUAGAGAGCAGUAUCACCAUGCUCGGUAUGGAGAUUCGCUGUGACUUAAAUCCAAAGAAUUACAUCGAAAGUGUGAUAAAAACAGCCUCACGCAAACUCGGAGUCCUGAACAAGGUGCGGCGUUUUUUCACGCACGAGCAACUGUGCUUGUUGUAUAAGACGCAGGUGCGGUCUUGCGUGGAAUAUUGCUCGCACCUCUGGGAUGGCUCCGCUAAGUACUUGCUCGAUGCUUUGGAUAGGUUACAGCGGCGCGCAAUCCGCAUCAUAGGCGAUGAGGAGGUGACUAAACACCUCGAGCCUCUUCAAUUACGCCGUGACGUGGCGUCACUAAGCGCGUUCUAUCGCCUACACCACGGCGAGUGUUCUGAGGAGUUAUUCUCUCUUAUUCCACCUUCCCCUUUCCUUCAGAGGACCACGCGCGCUGGCUUACGUUGUUACCGUCUAACUGUGGCUACAAUUCCAACGCGUACAAAGAAAUUUGGUGACUCAUUUCUUUGUCGUACUAUCCGUAAAUGGAAUGCUCUGCUCGCUCACGUGUUCCCACCCUCUCACAAUCUGGGAUCCUUUAAAAGAGGCGUGAAGAAGCAACUUGCAGGCCGGCAGGGUGAGGAUGGCUGGUGUGGCAGUUAGAACUGCUGUAUCAGCUAUCUUCGCGUCUGGACUUCACCUUCACUUAACAUCAGGUGGGGUGGAGUCAUUUGUCGGAUCUAUCUAUAAAAAAAAAAAAAAAAAAGUGAUGGUGUAAUGUUUCAUUCUGUCGACUGAUGUGUGAUAUGACAUUACAACUUCGCUUGAUAUCAUAUAAUAUACGCGCAUUACUUACACAUGUCGAGACUACGGAGUUUUUGGCGCGAUUUCAUCGAGUGCGGUUGGCGUAUUAUUUUAAUUAUUCUUAAAUUCGAGCAUAGUGGAUAUUGUGAAAGAAAAUAGGUGUGAUUUUGUGUUACAACCGUCUGCGCAAAAAGAAGAAGAAUUGGUGGAAUCUUUAAUACAUGCGCUGUUCCGGUCAAGUGGACGUGGGAACUUUAUUGUAGGGUUGACUACCUCACAGAAGCUUAGCGAAAAAGCUAACUCAAUACAUUUCGUGCCAAAAACUCCAAGAAUCAUUAGAAUGAGUCACACUGACAUUCUAAUGUAAAAAAAAAGAAAUUAAUAAAACUUACGACUAGGCUGUAUGGGCAUUGUUCCCUUUACCUUCCCUGAAACAGAUUUUUAGACCACAAACAUCCCCCUUUUACUGAAACAUAGGAAAGGGGGGAUUGACUUGACUGCCACUUACUUUGACUAGAUUUGUUACUUUGACCACAGGUGCUUUAGAAUUUGUAAACAUUUUAACCAACGAUAUUAAAUACCCUAGAUACACCACGUGCGCUCAAUAUGUGUCCCUAUCAAGAAGUGCUUGAACACGACUCAAGCAUCAAGCACUUCUUGGUUCACAGUCACGCGCAGAUUGUUGAAAAGUCAACAUACUGCUGAGCUCCGUGAAAAAAUGCGAAAUAAAUACUUAUAGUAUGUAAAAUGUCGAUUAUUCGACAAAUAUCUAAUCAAUGUUUGUUAAUUUAACGCAUUUAAAGCAAAUUUUGUUUUAAUACUUACUAUAAACUGAUUUAAUAGAAAAUAUUUGUGAUAUUCAAAUGCAUGGUCGGUAAUAUAGCCGUCUCUUUUCUUCGCGGUCUGUACCUGCUAUAUUUAGCAACAGCGCAUUCAGAAUUGCGCGUAGAAUCAAAGAAAUAAGGUCUAUAUUUUUCCGCAUAUAGCAUUAAGUCGUAAAAUUUUACGAGCUUACAUCUCGGACGGUCUUAUCUCUUUGAUGCAUGCGUUUUAAUUAAGACCUUAUAUAGUGUGCUUUAAAGGUGGUUUUCUAUGUUUAAAUAAUGUCUGAUAUUUUUGUACAGUUUGUCUAUAAAGUCGUGACAUGAAUGUUUGCGGAACUAACAUUAUUCAUGUGUCUGGAAACACCAAACUUAUGUACAUCAGCUGUCAUCGAGUUUCAGUUGUGGAACAGUUUUCCUUUUGUAUUUUUUAUUGUUUGGAUUAAACUGUAAUAAAUUAAGACGAAACUACGCAGAAAAGUAUAAAAAUGAGUAAAGUAAAUCGGAGUGGCACGCGGGAAGUGAUUUUUAAAGUUUUCCAGCGAUGUUUCGAAGACUACCAAGCUGGACGAAUUUUGUGGGAUUUGGAUAAUGUUUAUGGGCGAACAGCAUCUAUGACGGAUCUUGCGAAGGCGUUCGAUACGGUCUCGGCCCAAAUCCUUUUGAAGAAAACGGACUUUUUAGGGGCUGGAAUUUUUUGGGGGUUCUUUUAGGGGCUUUUAACAAAACUUGCAAUUAAAUCGAAAAACAAAGCGUGUGUUUUCUUUUAGUUUUGUGCAUAGAAUGGAAUGCAUCGCGAUAUGUAACGACUGAACUGACUGUGUGGCGGUUUAUUUCCUAAUGCUGUAUGGAUUAAAUUUCUUUGCCUAUCACCAAUGGUUAAAUAAUAAAACAAAACAUAACAAUCAUGUUCGUUCUUUCAUUAGUUUACGUCAUACUCACGGCUCAUCAUUCAUUUUUGUUAUUCAUUCAAUAAUUCACUGUAACUAAAUAAGAAACGUUUUAAUUUAGGAGCAACGAAAGAAUUUAGGUAAUAAGUAGGUACAUAUAAAAUUCUAUAUUUAGGGGAAUUUGAAAAAUACUUAGGGCAAAUUUUUGGUAAGGGUUGGUAACACUGAGACCACAAACAAAAUGUUUUGAUGAAUGAACAAUGAAUAAAACCUGUUUUGAAAAUCAAUCUGUAUUUUUAUUAUUAAAUUACAUUUCCUCUGUGCAAGGCGCUGUGUAAAUUUUACUUUUCAGUAUUUUUUUUGAGGUGCUUCGUAAAAUUCAGUAUUUUCGUAAAAUUUAUUCUGGUCACUAUGCUGAGCAACUAAUCUUUAUUUAUCAGAGUCCAUUCAAUUUGCAUGUUAUUUCAGUUAAGAUGAGUAAACGCAAAAAUCCAUGUGAAGGUAAGGGAAAUGCCGACUUCUGCGAAUUUUUAAUAGAAUUGGCGGAAUAUGAAAGAAAUGUAAAUCGAAAUAUACACAAAUAUAAUGCAUACAGAAAAGCCGCUAGCGUUUUGGCUGCACACCACAAAAGAAUCGAAUCUGGUGAUGAGGCAAAGAAACUCAACGGUAUUGGUGAAAAAAUUGCAAGAAAAAUUGACGAAUACCUUCUUACGGGAAAAUUAAAGAAAUUGGAAAACAUACAUCAUGAUGCUAGUGCUCAAGCAAUAAAUCUCUUAACGCGAGUAUCAGGCAUAGGUCCCGUGAAAGCAGCGGAGCUAUAUAGAUGUGGCAUUGCAACCAUUGAGGAUUUGAACAAAAACCAAGACAAACUAAACCAUCACCAACUUAUUGGUCUCAAAUAUUUUGAAGAUUUUGAAAAGAAGAUACCCAGGUCCGAAAUCAAGGAUAUAGAAAAUAAGAUUAAAACAACAGCAAAAGUAUUAGAUCCUGAAUAUACUGUCACAAUAUGUGGCAGCUACAGACGUGGAAAAUCCGAGAGUGGUGACAUUGAUGCUCUAAUAACACAUCCUGCACUGUGUGGAUAUAAGGGAAACAAGAAAAAUGAAGAAAAGCUACUACAAAAUGUAGUUGAUGCUCUGAACAAUGGACUAGUUACUGAAGUUAUAUCUGUUGGAGAAACAAAGUUCAUGGGUGUAUGCCGCCUAUUACAAGAUUUGCCAGCUCGUCGCCUAGACAUCCGUUUGAUACCCACUGACCAGUAUUACUGUGCUAUGCUAUAUUUCACGGGCAGUGACGUUUUCAACAAGACAAUGAGAGCCCAUGCACUAGAAAAAGGCUUUACACUCAACGAAUAUUCAUUACGACCAGUAGGUGUUACAGGUGUGCCAGGAGAGCCAGUGCCCAUUUCAUCUGAAGAGGAAAUUUUCGACUAUAUGGAUUAUCCAUACAAAGCCCCUCAAGACCGAAAUAUGUGAAAAUAAAUAAUAAUGCUGUAUUUAUUCAUAAUAUUUUAUUAUUUCUACUUUAUCACAAGAUGUAGCAAACUUACGACUAUGUUUGAUUAAGUAAAAAAAUAUGUAUCUUUAUUACCGCUACCCUAAGCGUGAGUGAAGUGUGAACGUCUGACGUGCCGACUCGUGUCCGAGCCAGCGCUCUUCAUACACCGGUACAACAGAGAUAUAGCGCGGCUCCAAAGUGUUCUGUGGCGUCAGAACACUUGGUAUGACAUAGGGAGGUGGUCACUGUACAGGGCGACAUCAGUCGGUGGUGAUAAUCAUGGGAUUUACUAGACCCUGGGUAUCCUACCGGAUGAAGUCGAAAAGGUCUUGGGGUGGGAGCGACGUGUAUCGUACUUGCUAGGCUCAAUAAACGUGCGAUUCUACCCCAAAACCCAAUCCUCUGACUGAGAUGCACAGACCGAUACCCCGAAUACUGCACCGACGCAGACACACGGACCAUGAUGAUAAGAUGACCAUGCAUGAGGAGGAGAUGGCCAAGGCGGCGAUGGCUGAGGCCGACGCACGGAGUGCGCCACCCGUAUCACCGGGGUAGACGGAGCAGCUGCUCGCCUCGUCGUCUAUUGAUGACCGGCGUAGGUUGGGGAUGAGGGAGAGCCCUUUGAUGGGUCGAUCUACUCAUAAUCUAGUCGCACCGCCGUCAUCGAACUGGUUCAAUCCCCUCGAAAUCAUCCAGACCAACCUCCAGCACAGUCAGACUGCUACGGCUUGCUAACGCAGGCCGCUGGAGAUGAACCCCGAACAAUCGCACUGAUUGAGUGACCAAGAGCCGUGGAUCAGAAACAACAGAAUAUGUGGCCCCCAUAACAUCGGAGGUAAGCUAAUUCUAGACACACAGGGCACAGAAAAGCCAUGAACCAUACGAACAUUCCUAAAAAUGUACCUAACACGACACACAAUUCUGUUCCAGAGACCAAACUGCCGUCAGGAUAAAAACCGAAGGCAACACACCCGACAUUGUCCUAGCCUCGAUAUACAUGCCGGGCGAGGACACAGACUUCCCACAACAAGAGAUGACCGACCUGGUGAAACACAGCGAAGACGCUGUCAUGGACAUGGAGUGAACCUGGACGUGGUCAUCUGCACAGACUCUAACGCUAGCUUCCGAAAGCGUGACAAAUCUUAUAUCAAAUUGGCACGUAUCUGAUGAGCCUUCCUGCUCUGAUCGUACAAGAAAUAGAUUUUCACUAACCGCAGACACAAAAAACCCGGAACCCAGGCGCAACCCGCGCCGAACAGACGUGCCGUACAAACAGCUCCUGACCUCUUUGCUAACCGGGCACCAAACACUUCACCUAGAGGAUACCAAACAAUUAGAAAACAGCGUAACGAAACUCUCAGAAUAGAUUAUUGAAGCUACCAUGCCUGUGGCAAACUAAAGGAUCUGGCCACAAAGGGCAGGGGUAACUCUUGGUGGAACAGAGCUUAGUAAACUCAGGCUAGCUGUGCGCAAACAAUUCAACAGAGCCAAAAAUUCCAGACUUCCAGAGGACUGGGACCUUUACAAAAUAACACAAUACACUUUCAAAAAACAAAUCAGAAAAGCCAGCAGAGAAGCGUGGCGAAAACUCUGAGAAUAUAUUGAAUCUAACUGUUGUAGUUUUGUUAUGGCCACAUUACUAUGAUGGCAACCCUGUAAAAGACAGUCUGUGAAGCAAGUAAUAAUGGUGUACGACACUGAAAAGAUCUGAAAGUAUUAUCUAGUAUACGUAUUAUAAUAUUGUGAUUGGAGUUCUAAAUAAACGAGUACAAUUAUACUUUUCUUUAUUGGAAUAAUCUACAAACUAGGCGACGAGAGCGGUGCGAAAUCACGCAAAAGAACAGAUAAGCGGCGGCGGGACGCCGGCUUUGGUAGUAAUGGAGCGUUUGGAAUAUUCGGUGGGAGCUGCUGGGCCACAGUUCAGUCCCUUCUCCGCACCGAAUACUACUGGCGAGCGAUGGAAAACUGGGCUUCAGAAUUUCAAGUAUUAUAUUGAAGGUCAAAUAGCGUUAAAUGACAAACAAAAAGUGGCAAGGUUAUUGCACCAGGCAGGUCCUAAACUGCAAAAUAUAUACGAAAUUUUGCAAGAAGAAGAUGCUGAAGGUGAAAAUGAGUACAUUAAGUGUGUAAACAGGUUGAAUUUAUACUUUAUACCCGAAGCUAAUACUGCUAUAGAAUGUCAAAAAUUUAGAAAUUUGGAAAUGAAAAAUGAAACAAUAGAUGAGAUUUAUUAAAACUUAGAAGGCAAUGUAUGAACUGCGAUUUCCCAAACAAGGACGAGAUGUUAAGAGAUCAAAUUGUAGAGAAAUGCAACAAUAUAAAUUUAAAAAGAAAAUUAUUAAAAAGAGGCAGAGACCUGACCUUAGAUUCAGCAUUACAAAUUUGUAGAUUGUUUGAAAUUAAUAAAAAUAUGUUUCCAAAAAUGGAUACCGAGGAGGAAAACAGUGAAUCAGAUAUAAAUAAAAUACAACAACGAGAUGUUACUUGUUAUCGAUAUGGUGGUAAAGGCCAUAUGGCAAAAGAUGGACAUUGUCAUGUCCUGCAUUAAACGAAAAGUGUAUUAAAUGUGGUAUUAAGGGUCAUUUUGCAAAAUGUUGCAAGACAAGGCACAAGUAUGAUAUUCCUUCUUCUAGUUCUAGCAAGGAGAAGACACUAAAAAGGAAAAAAGAUAUGUCAGGUAUGUUAUACAAAAUGCAUCAAGUUCAGAUUCUAAUUGUUCUGAUGAUAGUGAUGAGGAGUGUGACAAUAAAAAAAACUUACAGGUAAAUUCCGUAUAUCAAGUGAGUAGCAUUGAUUGCACCAAGUUUGACAUAGAGGCUGAUGACAAAUUAGUUUGCAAGUUUAUUGUUGAUUCAGGAGCUUCUAUUAAUAUUAUUGAUAAAACUGUUUUUAAGAGUUUAAUAAAAUCAAAAUUUUGUUUUAAACUUAAAAUUGAUAAAUUGCAAAAGUAUUACUCUUAUGGAGCUAAAGAAAUUUUAAGUUUAGUUAUGUUUAGAACUACAUUAUACUCGCCUGAUAGUAAAGUUAAAGUGACUGCGGAUAUUUUGGUUUAUGAUGGUCAUGGGCCAUCUUUGUUAAGUAGACUAACAUCAAUGCAACUGGGAUUGUUACGAGUAGGACCUAUUUCCCAUGAGCAAUGUAAGUCUCAAAAAAUAAAUUCUAUUGAUUACAUACCUAUUACCAAAGAGAUGAUAAUGUAAGAGUAUUCAGAAUUGUAGGAAAGUUGAGAGAUUUCAAGUUAGUUAUACCUCUAGAUCCGAAAGUAAAGUUAGUUGCUCAACCAGUUAGGGGACAACCCUUUAAUUUGAGACAUAUUGAAGAAAAACUUAUCAAUGAACUACUUGACAAUGACAAUAUAGAACCAGUAACUGGACCGACACCAUGUGUAUCACCGUCACACAUUGUUAAGAAGAAAGAAAAGGAUCAGUACCGGCUUGUGGUGGACAUGUGGAUGGCAAAUGAGGCUGUUCUUAGGGAGCGAGUUCCACUUCCUUCUUUUGAAUAACUUCUGGCCGAUCUCAAUGGAUGCAGGUACUUCUCAUCUCUUGAUAUUAAGUGGGGCUACCAUCAAUUGGAGCUGGAUGAGGAGUCACGUGUAGUAACAGUUUUUAGUAGCAGCUUGGGUUUAUUCAGAUAUAAAAGACUUUUUUGGUAUUCGCUGUGCUUUGGAAAUGUUCCAACGUAUCCUAGCACAAUUAUUAUAAGGAAUUGAUGGCGUUGCUAAUAAUCAAGAUGAUAUUAGAAUCGGCGGCCGUAGUAGGCAGGAACAUGAUGACAGGCUAAGAUAAGUUUUGGAUAGCUACACAGUAAUGGUCUCACUCUAAAUGACAAGAAAUAUUAUUUUGGAGUAACUGAAAUAACUUUUUUAGGCCAUCAUCUUUCUGAGAAAGGUAUUAGACCUACAACAACGUCACAACAAAUAAUACAAGAGUUUAGGGCACCUCAGAACAAAGCAGAAGUAAGAAGUUUUCUAGGUUUAGUGAACUUCUCUGCUCGCUUUAUACCCCAUUUUAGCACGCUUACAGAACCUUUAAGGCAUCUCACGAAGAAAGACACAGAUUUUGAAUGGAGUCAGAGUCAGAAACAUGAAAAUGUAUUAAGGCAGUUGAAAGACCUUAUCGUUAAGGCACCUGCUCUAGGAUAUUAUGAUAAGGAAGCAGAAACUACACUUGUUACAGAAGCAAGCCCUGUAGGAAUUGCAGCUGUACUUAUUCAACAUCAGUCUAUUAAUGGUAAAUUACAACCUAUUGUUAUUAAGUAUGUCAGCAGGGCAUUAACAAAUACGGAACAAAGAUAUUCACAGACUGAAAAGGAGGCAUUAGCAAUAGUUUGGGCUUGUGAAACUCUGUACAUGUAUCUUGUUGGGAAAACCUUUACUAUUGUGUCUGAUCAUAAACCUUUAGAAAUCAUUUAUUCAUCCAAGUCGAAGCCUAGUGCCAGUAUUCAGCGUUGAGUUUUGCGACUCCAACCCUACACAUUUAAGGUAGUAUAAAGACCUGGUAAAACUAAUAUUGCAGAUUGACUCUCACGGUUAUUAAAUACUGAAAAUAAAGUACAAAUCUCGGAAGAUACAGAGAAUAAUUUAUUAUUAGCUAUGGUUGAAACAAAUAUGGAUGCAGUUACUAUAGAAGAAAUUGAACAAGCUUCGUAAAACGACACGGAAUUGACCAAAUUGAGGCAUGCAAUAGAAAAUGAUUUAUGGUCUAAAGAAUUGAGAAAGUAUGAAUUGAUUAAAUCUGAGCUAUCUAUUUUUAAAAACAUUAUAUUGAGAGGAAUGAGGAUUAUUGUACCCAAGGAGUUAACUGCAAGAAUAUUAGAAGCUGGACAUGAGGGACACAUAUCUAUUAACGGUAUGAAAAGUAAACUAAGAUAAACGGUAUGAAAAGUAAACAAAGUAUGGUGGGGUGGAAUGGAUAAGGACAUAGAAUAUUGGAUAGAUACAUGUAAAGGAUGUCGCUUAGUAAGAAAGUAUAUGCAACCUGAACCUAUUAUUUCUUCUGAGUUGCGAAGUCACCGACAUAUCCGAGACGGACCUCUUCGGGAGAUGCCACUACAUAAACAAAAACACGCUUACUCCACAGGAAAAUCAAAAGAAUCUGCACUACACAAUGUGAUCUCGAAGAUGGGACACUGCCCACUGAAUAAUAACUUUCACACCCUAGGUAUCACUGACAGUCCCCUAUGCAGAGCAUGCAUGGAGGCAGAAGAAACGGUGGCACAUGUGCUCCUCGAGUGCACUGGUGUCGUCCAGAUCAGCGAAGAGACUUAGUAAACCGGCAUCCCUUGCGGAUGCCCUGAGAAGUCUGGGAAGACUGAUGUGCUUCUGGAGGGAGGUGGGCUGGCUGGAAUAACCGGUCGCCAUGGCUCACGCACACACUUCCACUUAAGGGACUUACAUCUUUAUUUAUUAUGAUUCUUAGCUAAGGUAAGUUCAAAAGGUUUACAAAAGGAAUAAUCUAGUUGACUUUAGGUAUGAACAGUUUGUUUUACUCGACAGAUCAAAGAUCUAAAUUUCAAGUCAUUGAUCGAUCAAGUAACAACCAGCCAUUUAAUAUUUUUUUUUAUAUUCCUAUACCUCCAUAAAAGAUCUUCAACACUCAAGCGGCCAGCAGAAUUAAAACCCAAGGGAAGUAUAAAAUCUUGCAAGUACGGACCCUCAGAAUCCAGACUGCGUCAUAUCCGCACUGUUAUAAAAUCAGUGUAGGAACAAACGCAUAGAUAUCUAAAAGCAGCGUUAUACACCACAUGCAUUUAUAUAUUCAAUCUAGAAUCAUAGAGUUCGCAAUCACACCGCGAGCUCGCACUGUGUUAUCAUUUUAGCAGAGGACUAAACAGUUUUUAUACUAAGUAUGUAUAAUUUAAUCAAAUCAUGACUAACUUCUAAUAACGGAACAAAAUUCGCACAUUUUUUGGUCCUUUUUGAGCCAGACGCAGCAAAUUAUGAAUACAUACUUAGGUGGUAAAUAAAAAUAUAAACUGGUAUCAAACUUCUACAUCACGCAAUGCCACAGACUUGAUUACCACAUCGCCGGCUUCCCACUGUCCGCGAUAUCACGACUGGACAGGCAGAGCAUCGCACACUAAGCCUAAAUGGCGACACAGACGAAUUUAUUAUAACUUUGCGACAGUCUGUAAUAUAAGCGAUCGUAAGAAGCCAACGUUAAAGUAUCCUAAUUAUCAGCGUAUUGGAUAGCGUGGUUAUCAGCAGGUCGAUUAUCAAAAAGUUAUAUGCAUUAACAGUAAAAAUAUGUACAUUCUUUCGGUAUUGUUAAAUAAGGUGAGACCACAAACAUACUUGACCUCUUUGAAAAUAAAUCUUUCGAUCCGUACUUACAUUUCAGGUGCAACUUUGCAUCUUGACUUUAAGAACAUCAUAUUUAUGAAACUUAGGUCAAAUAUGGCAUAAGUAGCACCUGGAGUGUAAGUAUGGAACGAAACCCUGUCUAUACUCAACAUCAGUCUCAAAGCGUCUUUUAUUCUGCACGGGUGUCUAAUGAUUCAACAAAAAUCGAUAAAUAUUUAUAUUUUCUUUAAAAUCAGUAUUUAAACUGCACCACAGUUACUUUAUAUAUUACUUACAACUGUAUAAGGUGGCUCGCGCUUUGGAUAGGUUUCCUUAAGUACCUACCUAUGUCUAUGCAAGUUUAGUAGGUACAUAUUGAGUGCAUACGUUACCGGCAAUCUGUAUAAUUUGGCAUUCUAUACAAUACCUAGGCAAUCUAUUGAAUACCAUAAACGUCUAGGGAAUGUAUGAAAUAUUAUUCAUUUUAUACUUAGCCUAUACUUCAAUGAAGGUAACUUUAAAAAAAAUAAAAAAAAUGGUUAUUGUAUAGGUGCACAUUUUCAACUCAUUGUGGUAAUAAAUAUUUAAUUACGCUUCUGCCAAUUUAUGCGUAAAAUAUACAUGCAGUCUUCUAAAUAUGAAAUAUUACAUGAUUACUACAAACCACAAAAUGGCUCUGGAAAAACCCAAAGAAGCAGAGGUUUGCAACUGCAUUUUGUUGUAGUUGUUUUUUUUUGUUUUGAAUUAUAAAAUAUGGUCUAAGAGCCAGUGUUCCGCAGAUUUACGGUAUAGUAGCAAACUUCAUAUUAAUGCUAGUUAUACUAAUUCAUCUGGGGUUCACUAUUCCUAGAAACCUAGAAGUCGAAAAGCAUGAAAAUAUUACGUCUAGUAAAUAUUACGUCUGCGUUAUGUAUACGUACGUUAUGUAGUUGUGUCUACAUCAAGAAAAUGAGAAAAUAAAUUUUAUCAGUUGUUUAAUAUCACAGGUAUAUGGUGGAGCAAUUUGUGAUUCAUCAUCAUCAUCAUCAUCUGCCUAUUAAUGUCCCCACUGCUGGGGCACAGGCCUUCCCUAUGGAUGGAAUAGGGAGAUUGGGCCAUGACCCACCACGCGGGCCCAGUGCGGAUUGGUGGGUGCUAACGACUGCAGAUGCAGCCGGGACCAACGGCUUAACGUGCCUUCCGAAGCAUGGAGGAGCUCGAGAUAGUGAAUUUUUGGUCACCCAUCCAAUGACCGACCAUUGCGAAAGUUGCUUAACUGCAACGAUCGCAGUCGAACACACUAACCACUUGCGCCAUCGAGCUCCUCAAUUUGUAUAACAAUUUGUGAUUAAUAUAGGGCAAUCAUCAUCGCCUUCGGUGUUUUUAUUUGGGGAAGAGAUUGAUUAAUUAAAAAUUAAUCUACAUAUUAGUUUUGCUUGUACUUGAUAAGAGCAAUAUGUUGAUAAUAGUGCUUUAUACAGUAGAAUACCUGCAUUAUACAGAUUUCCGGUGACACGUUCACUGGAUGCUAUUUUUCUUGUCCCUAAAAAGCAAACCGGGCUUAAAUUGAUGGAUACGUGAAUGGCAACUGGCAACAUUCGCUUCCAAAUUGGAACCAAACUUUUUAUUGCUGUGUAUUCACUUAAGCUCAGAACAGUUCUGAACGAGCAAAUUAGUGUUCGAUCGCCGUUGCGUUGUUUCCAUUGAUUCAAGAAAGAGAGCAUUCCUUCAUUGUGUCCAGUCAAACAUCGUUGUUGAACGCGUUCGCUCGCUCUGAUGAUUCAUUCGCUCGCGAGCGAAUGAUUGUCGCACAGCAUUGUUCUAUCUGAACACUAAGUGGAAUCGCUACACAAGGUGUAUGACUGUUCGCACAAAAUAGAAAGUACAGAAGGUAAUCCCAUGUCUAUAUAUACUACAUCAAUUUUUGUACCUACGCUCCGGUGGUCGCGCUAUAGGAUAGUCAACUUUAACUUGUGCACAAAGGAAUCAUAGUGUAGUAAAAGUGGCACUCGUACGUAUCUAGUUGUUUGAUUCAUUGUAUUUUUUUAAUAAUAAUAAAUUCAAGUUGCAAAUGAAAGAGUGAAUGUAAUUAUAAACCAAUAAUAACGGAAGUAAGUAUAUUAAUUAAAAUAUAAUUUUUAUUAAGUAAGGAUUAAUAAAAAAUACUGAAAUUAGAAAACAUAACCUAACCGUUGGGUUAGGUAGUUAUAAUAACUUUUUUGUUACUCCAUACUUGCACUAAACGUGCAAAGACGCGUGUCAAAGCUCUCAACAGGUCCGAGAUAUCGUGAGCGGUGUCAAUGUAUGUGCGUUGCUCUAGCACACUUUAUAUGUAGAUUACCUUAUCUAAUAUCUAUUUUGUGCUGUUAGUGUGCAUCCAAAUGCGAGCCGCCUAAUACUUUUGACAUUGGUGUCGCGCCAAGCAUGAUUCUCUUAACCUAAACUUAAAUUAGACAAAAGUGGUGUCGAUUCCGGCAUGUUUCUCUAAACCUAAAACUAAAUUUGUAACAACAGUAUAUCCUUGUCAUUCUCUGUACAGAAUGAAAAGGAGAGACUGAUGUUAAAUUUAGUUUUAAGUUUAGAGAAUCACGCCAGAAUCGACGCCUAAGUACACUUAAAAUUGUCUAGCAUUAUAAUGUUUCCAUACCAUGUAUUACAGUUACAGGUUACAGGUCUACUUUGAUAUACGAUGAUCUUAUGUAAGAACAACCUUAAAACAUGGAAGUAUUGUCUAAAAUCUGAUUUAAUGGUUAUUUUGUUAAGAUCGAGAAAAGUAUUACAAUCUUUUUGAUUUAACUCUAUUGCUAACGAUAUAAUACUCAGUAUAACUUAUACAUAAUUCAUUACUCAUAAUAAUACGAUUUUUUAUUUUAAAACAUUAACAAUAACAAAUUUAUUAUAAUCAUUAAGAAAUCUUUGGAAAAUAAGCUAAGGCAUUCAUCAAGUAUUUAUAAGCAAAAUUAAGCUAAAUAUUUAUAGUCAGGAAAUAAUAGGAAUUUUACGGAUUGUUGGACAAAACUCGCGCCAAUAAGUAACAAAUGUAAUGGCGACGGGAGACAUUCUUUCCGUAUUAUAGAGACAAUAUAAAGAGAUGCUAAUCUAUGGUAACAGCCAAACAUUUUAUUUUACAUCUUUGCUUCUAAAUUCAACAAGUGAGUGUCUAAUCAACAAACAGCUUUGCUGCGCUGUACUGUGCUCAUGUUAAAAUUCGACUGCUGAAAGAAUGCAGUGAUAUAAUAGCACGAACCAUUAUCGAAUUCGAUCUCGAUACGCGACAAACAUCAAGAAGUUUUGUAUGGAAAUUUGAACAGCGCUACAGCGGACGUAACGAGAAUUAAAAAUCUUCCAUACAUAAUUACUUCUUGACAUUUAACGAGUAUCGAGAUCGAAUUCAACUAUUCCAAUUCUAUAUUAGUUCGUGCUAAGGGUACAAGACCAUGACAGAGUUGUUUUCAAUUUUUUUUUACUAGAUAGAAAGUGUACUUUAUUCGGAAAUUAUUUUGUUCUUUACACAGAAAGCAUUCUUUCGCACUGUAGAAACAAAUCAAAGGUGCUGUAAGUGCCGCGCCGCGCUUAUUGUUUGAUUCCUCAUUAUCACCUAAAAGGAGCGAAUUGACUAAAUAGAGCACUUGAUGUUGAUUGAUCACCCUAAGACACGCGUGUUUACUAAAUACAUUAUUUUAUUAUAGAUACUAAAGUCAACACGUGGGUGGGUCUCAUUGCUUAUUACAGACAAAUUAUACUGCGUUAUUAAUAUUAACAGUAAUUACGUUUUGUUAUUUGUAUAAUGUUUUAUAUUUUAAUAAUUUAUUAUCUUCCUUUUGUCAGUGUCAAAUAAUUGUCACAUAGGAUAUAUAGGUAUGAGUGUAAGUCAUUAUUGUAUGUGUUGUGCUGUAUUUGUGUUUAGUGGUAUGUCUCUGGGUCCACAUGCUUGUUUUUAAGUGCUCCUAGGAAUCCUUGUUGUUCAGGGUAGGCCCUGCCCAUAGACAGAGAAUGGAGUGAGCGUUUGCUGCCCAAAUGUAACAAAACAGGACAGAUAAUUUGAGUGACAGACAAAGCGACCGUGCGGCCGUAUAAUAGUUCGUCUACCUAUGGGUUGCACCAUAGCUUUCACUUUCUAGAAAGUUGUCAAUUUCAUGCGAGUGUCGCUCAGCCCAUGCUCUAUAUCUAUGGUCCUGCCAGAACUCCAGCCUUCUAUUUGUUAUAGGCGUUUUGAUAAAUUACACUAUUUUAAUGACGUGAAAAGCCAAUCGCAAAAUAUAUAUAAUUCAAUGGGAGUCUGUUUUCGAAUUCGGAUUUUUAAUAAGUAUUGCAAAUUGUAUUUAGUUGAAUAACAUGUUUGAAUAAAAAUAAAAUACCUUAUUUUGUACAUGUUCAGUAAUCAUUGAUCAUAUUUGCGUACAUCGUAUGUAGUAAAAUAAUAAAUAGUCUUGCAAUAUAAGUGAAAGGGAUCGAUUAAUUUUUAUUAAAAGCUUAACACGGUAGAUUAUUCAUCUAUGAAAAUUUUUGGAAACUGCAAAAAAAUAAAAUUGAUAAGACAGCAAAAGGAAAAUAGUUUACUUAUAUUUUUAUUAUUCUACUUUGAUUCGCCUAUCUUAUUUUUAUCGUUCUUUUUGAUGAUUCGAUUUUUUAUAUACAAAAAUCUUAAAAGUGAACAGUUAUGCAACUUUUAUGUCAAUGUCAAAUUUACAUGGUCACUUAAAUAAAAAAUAAUUUCAAUAAUUUUAGUCUUGACUGAGUAUUAUAGCACAUUUUUCUCGUUUGGUUCCAACUUUGCCGGUAAACCAGAAUCAACUGACCCAAAUACUUUUUUUAUACCUUAGUUUACGCCCAUCAAAACUCACAUUUCAAGAUUUAUUUAAUUUAAAAUAUAGUUUUGAAGCCCUCGUGAUUUCUAGACCAGCGUGUGGUAUUGCAAGACGGGGUCGACGAGCGCGUUCUAAGAGCACCAACCAUACACGCAAGCAACAAGCAACUGCGCGAUGCUUUAAUAUAUAAGAUGAAACCCACAUUUGUUGUCAAAUUGCUUUAAAAAAGGGAACGAAAGAGUUCAAUAGUAUAUUGGAUUGAUCACGAGCCGUAGACGAGCGCUCGAACGCCGCCCAUCACUUUAGCAGCAACCUCGCGAUACAUUGAACGCGUUAAUACCCACAUUAUAACAAUAACAUUAGUCAAAUUGAUUGCGUAAAAGUUCAAUAUUAUGUCGAAUUGUCAGAUAAUAUAGUUUUUUAUAAGGCUCACGAGCCGUAGACGAGCGCGUAGAGCUGUGACUCGGGGUCUGCGAGCGCGUCGUCGGGCGCUCGCAGCUCGAGCGCUCGACCGCCGCCCAUCACUAGCACGCGGCCGCAUUCGAGCACGCCAGCGGUGCGAUGCGCCACGUACAACACCGUCGAGCCGCCGAACGAGCAACGGAUCGUGUUCAAUAUGAUGCGCUCCGUCUCCUGGUCGAGGUUCGCGGUGGCCUCGUCCACUAGUAGAAUCUGCGGACGA